AUGCCAAAAGUCACGAAACUGAAAGCAACGCAGAAUGUUGCGCCAAAAUGUGAUGUAACCGAAGAUAAGUCAGAUGAAACCAAGCCGACGGUUACAAUUGUGGAUAAAACGCAAACAAAAAAACGUAAAGCUUCUACUUCGCCCAUCAAAAAAGCAAAGAAGACACUUUCAACCAAAGAAGAUGAUAACGCAGAAAAUGCUGAAGGAACCAGUACUAAUGUAAAGCAACCGGCUGCAAUGACCUUACAAACAUCUGAACGUGUUUCAUGUAAAGGAGAGAAGUCCACGUUAAAAUUGGCAUCUUGGAAUAUUAACGGCAUUCGUGCAUGGAUUACAAAUGGUGGAUUAAAAUAUAUCGAGAAAGAACAACCAGAUAUGAUCUGUUUUCAAGAAUUGAAAUGCGACAAAGAUAAGAUUCCAAUUGAAGCCACACCUGCUGGUUAUAAAUCAUAUUGGCUUUCUGGUGAUCAAGCUGGCUAUUCCGGCGUUGGUCUAUUGACAAAAGUCGAGCCAGUCGAUGUUAAAUUCGGCAUUGGUAUAGCAGAACAUGAUACCGAAGGGCGUGUUAUUACUGCUGAAUAUGAUAAAUUCUAUCUUGUCGUUACUUAUAUUCCUAAUAGUGGUCGUAAACUUGUGCGUUUAUCCUAUCGACAACAGUUUAAUCGAGUAUUUCAUACGUAUUUGAAAGAGCUCGAGAAGAAGAAGCCAGUAAUCUGGUGUGGCGACUUAAAUGUAUCACAUCAAAGCAUCGAUUUAACGAAUCCUAAAACAAACACCAAGACAGCUGGUUUUACCAAAGAAGAACGGGAUGAUUUUUCUAAAAUUCUCGCUGACGGAUUCAUUGAUUCAUUUCGCUAUCUCUAUCCUGAUAAACGCGAUGCGUACACGUACUGGGCUUACUUUCGAAAUGCUCGUCAACGAAAUAUUGGCUGGCGAUUGGACUAUUUCAUUCUAUCAUCUAGUCUUCAAGAAACUAUAUGUGACUCGCUUAUACAAAACGGCGUGUAUGGGUCAGAUCAUUGUCCAAUAGUUCUGUUAUUGGCUAUUUAA